GGCGACUCUCCCUCCCGUACUCGCCUUCCUCGUCCAAUUCAAGGUCAGAGGGUCCCUCGCCCAUGCCUGCAAAGGACAAACCCGGGGAAGCCAAUCACGACUCGCCGCUUGCCAACCCUGGUCCCGGCCCCAUCACGGCGAACCGAGGGAACCCAUCGACUUCACCAAUCAUCACUAAUUAUCCUAGGCUUCCGCAAUCUCAGGCGCGAUCCCCGGACAGACUUCCUUCAGAUCGCAAUAGGCCUACAGUACAAAUAACCCACGAACGACACUCAAUGGAAGGCCCCAGCCCUCUGCCAAGGUUGCCUCUCGACAUGGACAGUAGCCUCUCCCAUGUGCGUUCCCGCCAGACUGUUGAUCGAUAUACAAACCCGACUGUCUCCAACUCCCAGAAUAGAUUAGAUCCUGCGCCGCGUAGUGCCUAUUCCAGUCAUACUGCUCCAUAUACGGCCCACGAUAGCAGUUAUCCAGGUCCGCCAUCUAGUCACGGCCAUCAAAAUAGCUCAUCGUCUUAUCACGACACCUAUUCGAGCCAUUCACAUCAUCCUCCGAUGCCUCACUCGCUCCACCCUUCAACUGCUUCCCACGGGAGUGCUUGUCCCCAGCCGCCUCGUUCGGGAGGUAGUAGCCACCCGAGUAGUUCGCCCAACCAAACGAACCGCUCUCCUUCCCUUCGUGAAGGUAACCAUUUCUCUGAUAGUCCUAACACACCUGCGGGCUAUCAGCUCCCUAGUCCCGCUGUGACAUCAUCCACUUCGGGGAAUGGGAGCAGCCCUAACCGCCUACCUGACGCCAUCGGCGGACGUCUCUUCACGAGCUUGACUCUGCCUAUUCCCGUACCCAGGGGUUCUGUUGGGCCUCCCAGCGACUCUGGACAGCCCUCGGCCGGUUCUACGGGGGGACACAGCAGUGUCAGCUUAUCACCAGAAUUUGAUCGGCACAGCUCGUCUGGCGAAGAACAGCUCUAUGGGACUGCCAUGGCAAAUGUCCAGUACAGAGAUGCCCUUCUGCCGGAUGUGGUCGAUGCCUACGGGCAAGACGCUGGCGAGCUUAGAGCAAGACGUCAUCGGACUACUCCUCGCCAAUUCCAAGCCCUGACGCAGGUGUACAAUCGUACUGCUUUCCCAUCUACUCAAGAGCGCCUGCAGCUGGCAGAACGCUUGGGCAUGCAACCGCGUCAAGUUCAAAUUUGGUUCCAAAACCGUCGUCAGCAGGACAAGAAUCGCGUGAGUCGCGGGGUGCCUAACCCUCCCAUGAUGCACCGGAAUGUCGGUCGUCCCCGAGUGGAACGGAUCCCACACGAAGGAGGACCAGAACAGACAAGAGAUUGGGUAUUGCGAGAGGCGAGAGAACGAGGUCCGGAAUUCCCCAACCAUUAUACCGGUUACGGACCCCCUCCUUCUGAGUAUGAAUCGCCCCAUUCUGGGUAUGCGCCGCCACCCGUAUCUCAGUCUCAUGGACGUGGUCCUCCGCCUCCCUCUCCUCGCGAGUACGGCGCGCCACACUAUCGGCACGAGGGUCCCCCUCCUGGCGCUUAUCCCGCGACGUCGUCUAGCUCUGGACGAUAUGGGGACUCUGCGGGCGAUUAUCCCCAACCCCCAAAUCCUGGUCGAUAUGGCCCCCCUCCUCCGCGGGAGUAUCGCCCCGAUUACAGUCCUCAGCCGCCCCGCAGCGGUGGUUCGUAUUCCGGAGGACAUCGCGAGCCAGAUAUGUACGGACGUUACGUCAAUGAAGAACCGAGACGUGACGAAAAUGGAAACGGUGGCCGAUAACUUACGAGCGCGUUUCCUCGAGCGACUGAAUCAUUUGUGUUAUUAUGUACGGUAUGCUUCCUUUUGACCGUAAUGCUCUGCUGUACAGUAGGGCACGCUGUAUUCUAUCCACUGCCCUUCUGGAGUAGGACAAUAUCACCACUGCCAGGUGUCGUCUUCUGUUUAUGUAUUCCUGUUUAAAGGUUGUUGUUCUUGAUGUUCGCGGUGUAUCUCAAAGUGUUUUGUUGCUACCGAUGUAUCGUCUAGCUGCGCACCGCUACCUACCCC